AGCAGAUUCCCAUCUGCAACCUACCGAGAGCCAUGCCCAAAGAAAAGAACUACAACCCGGUACAAGCCCAGCGCAAAGCUGACAAGGCCCGCGAGAUCAAAAAAGGAAAGGCCGAAGCGCAAAGCCGUCGCAAUGAGAAGCUCGCGCGCAAGAACCCGGAGCGCAUCCAGAAGCAAAUCGACGACCUCAAGGCCGUGGUCGCCAAGGGAGGGAAGCUGACGCGCCACGAGGAGCAGGUCCUCGAGGGCCUGGAGAAGGAGCUGCAGCUGGUGCGCAAGGCCAGGGACGCGCUGGGGGACAAGGCGCCGAGCUUUGGUCGCGGCACCUGGGACGGCUCGAGGUCCGGGGGAGCGCUGGGCAAGCGGAGGCGCGGCGGUGACGACGAUUCGAGCAGCGACGAAGACGUUCCGGAGGACGUGAAGAGGAUACCCAUGCCGAGGGACACACCGCCGCCGAUACCAAAGGCCGAGAUGGACAAGUGGUACGCGAAGCGGAGGGCGAAGCGGGAAGCCGAGAAUGCGGCCAGGCGACGCGAAACGAGCGGUGAUGAGGCGCGGGACGGCCAAGAAAACGGCAAGGACACCAAGGGAGAAAGGGGACAGAAGAAUGCGCCGCCAGUGGAGCCCAAGACGGUCUACGAGGCGAAGCCGGUGGUGAGAGAUCUCAGGAAGGAAGCCGUCUCGGCGUUUGUUCCCACGUCGGUGCAGUUGAAGAUGAGCAAGGGCAAAGGGCAGGGCGGGCUGAUGGAGCCGGAGGAGGCAGAUCGGCUCGAGAGGGAGGGAUACCUGAAAACGGCCUCAGCUGGUGGGCGAAAUGGCGAUGGGGCUGGGGGAGCACAAGAGGACGAAGACGCCCAAAUGGCUUCUCGUCACGUCAUGAUGGAGGAAGUGGAAGAUGAGGAAGCAUGAGAGGCGUGAUAGCCGCCAUCUCGUUUCGUCUUGUUUGCAUGGUUUGGCGCAUUCCGGUUUCAGGUCACGGCGUAUUUGGACGAGUUUCAUUCAUGUGUUACAUAGUCGAUAGUCGAGCUCAUUGGCUUGAGUCUCAUGAGGGAUGGAUACAUGUGAGGUUGUCCGUGAUACC